CACUGUGAGUCGCGCGUCUCUCUCCCCUCGGGGGGAACAGAAGGACAAACUGAGGAUUUAACUUGGCUUUUUUCUUUUUGCUCCUCUUCCGUUUCCUUUUUUCUAACGGACCACACUCACCACUUCGGGAGAAAGAGAGGAGGGAUUCUGAACCGGGCGUCGGGUGCCGGUGUUGUUGUUUGUUGUUCGGUUACGGAUCCGGGAAAGGGGGGGGGGGUGUGUGUGUUCGGUCGGCUCCGCUGGAAACCCUGCUCCUCCUCACCUGACAGCAUGACCCCCUGCCCGCACUCCCCUCUCCCCAGGCGAAGAUCCUGAAGAUGAUGGACGACAACCGGCAGCUGGCGCAGCGCAUCGACGGAGCCAUCCAGUCGGCCAGCGCCGAGGUCAGCUGCCUGCGCUCCGAGCUCAGCGCCACCAGCCGCAGACUGGCUGACCUGGGGGCCACCGAGACCUCCUCCUCGUCCCCUUCCUCCUCGUCCUCCAGCGCCGGCGCCACCGCCGCCGGCCCCACCGGCCCCACCGCUGGGGCCGCGGGCGACAGCCUCGUGCUCCACCAGCAGCAGCUCAACCACCACCACCACCACCACCAUCUACAACAACAGCAGCACCACCACGAUCCCUCUCUCCAUGUGAGGCAGAAGACCCCCUCCACGGACCUCUGCUACAAGAGUGACAUCAGCAGCCUGAUGGUCUUCACCUCCCCGGACUCCUCGCUAGACAGAGGUAGGAAGCCUUACAUCCAUCCGUCAAACUUUUAUGAUGAUGAAUCUCCCGGCUAUUGGGGGAUGGGACCGGUUGAAUAAAGAAGUACCAACCUUCUGGGAAAUUAGCCGCUUCUGGUGGAAGUUGGGUCUGUGUGCCCGGGGCGAUACAUUAAGAGAGACACACACACAGUUUUACUUUGCUGUAUCAUAAAUAAUAAAAAAUCUCCUUGUAGCUGUUUACUGUCAAUUUGCAAUGAACAUCUGUUCUAUGUGAGGCAGGCCCAAAUGCAUAUACUUUAUGGAUCGUCCUUAAUGAAUACAGAUGUGCUCGUAAUGGAGAACUCCUCCAUUGGAAAUGUGAACGCAGAUUUCAUUUUGGCUCCAUCAAAGCUUAUAAUGAAGCCAUAAAAACGCAAUAAUGGCCAUCAAUUUCAUCUGUGAACAAUAUAAUAGGAAGAUAAUCACUAUAAACAGUGUGAGAAAAAACAAGCGGCCAUCGAGUGCAUCUACCGUGUGCUCUGGUCUUAUGCUGUAGUGCUUCACUCAACACCAGUGGUGGUUCCUGAGCUGGCCACUAGGGGGUGCAAGGGACGAGACUUAUGGUACGAGCACCACGAAAUUCGUGCUGCAAAAAGAAGGUCAUUUAGAGAAAACAGGUAUAAAAUCCUAUGUUUUCGCUGGUUUUGGAACGUUCCAUCCGUCCCAAGAUCUCAAGUUAAUUUUUGUGACAACGAAGGUACACCGGCAGCGAGGUGUGUGUAGAUCUGUGGAGCCAAAGAGAGGGUUAAGUUUUUCGGAAACGUAUACGCUGGGUUUUAUAAGCUGCAGAACAUUUAGAUAGCAACAGUGCCACCCAUGGAAUAAGGCCUUACCAGAAACAGUUGGGUUUUCAAUGGAAAUAUAAGAGGAAUCACCACAACAAUACUUUGAUGAAUAAAUGUUUUUGAAUUUGAAUAAUGGAUAAUGGAAAGAUUUUGCAAAACACAUUUUAAAACUGGCUGUUGUAACUUUAGGUUGAAAUAAAAGAGGUCUUGGACCUCCUGAGACCAACGUAAUUCGCACUGUGAUUAUUAAACUUCAUUUAUUGACUGCGGCUGAAUGGCGACAGUGGGAGGAGUGCUGAAGAUCCGGUCAUUUUGCAAGGCUCCCUUCCUCUGAGUUGGUGGUGUUAAUGGCAUGUCUAUUAAAACCAUGUGGUUAUGCUCCUCAUGUUGGGUGGUCAGUUCAGAAGAUCCCCUUCAUAGGUGGGAUCCAUGGUAGAAGUUGACGCUAGCUGUGGCAAAUUGGAGGUAUCCGUUUGCUAAUAGAGAAGUUGUUAAGUUAGAUUGCGCAAAGUUAGUGUGGUUAGCACUGCUGCCGCCCAGACGGGUCCUGGGUUCAAACCCCUGGGUUGGACCCCGUGUUCAUGUGGCGUUUCCUCUGGGGGCACCGAUGUCC